GCCUCAGAUCUUCCUCUAAAUGAUUUGCAUUCUGAAAUAACAGUAUCAGUGACAGGCGAGCCACCCUCUGCAGCAGGUGAAGAAACUGACAUAAAAGUCACUCAAGAAAUCAUAGAACCACUCUCCCUUCCAGAUGUGCUGAGGAUCUCUGCAGUCCUAGAGGACACCACUGUCCAGCUCUCUAUUCUAAACUAUAUCAUGCCAGUUCAGUAUGAAAGAAGACAAAGCUCCAGCAUGAAGAAGAACAAAGAAAUGGAUUUAGAAGGAAAACAUUUAGAAAAAUUUUCACUGGUCUCAAAAGCAAAAUUACCUGGUCUAUCCUUACCUAAAGAAGAAUCCCAGUUGUCAGAAGUCAGAAAAGGAAGCCUAUUUGCAAAGGAGUUUAACAAAAUACAAGAUCUUGUCUUCCAAAAACCUGUAAGGCAGACCAUAAUGACUGUGGAGACAAUGAAGAAAAUUCAGACUGAUAGGGAAUUUUUCAGUGAUGUGAUUAUAGAUACUAUGGAAGAGUUGCAAGAUACAGGUACUUUCACCAAUCUCCUGAAUGCUUUGAACAUAGAGAAGGAAAAAAAAAUGUAUUUCUAUGAUAUCAUUGCAAGGGAAGAAAAUGGAAAAAAGCAGAUAAAAUCUCUUCAAAAACAACACCUUAAUGUCAAAAGAGAACGGCAAGUUGAAAUACAGAAUCAGAAUGAAUAUAUUGCUCAUCUAAAGGACCAGUUACAAGAAAUGAAAGCAAAAACCAACAUGGAGAAUCGUUACAUGAAGAUUAACACUGAGCUGCAGGUCUCCCAGACUCAGAAAAAAUGUAACAAAACAGAGGAACAAUUACUGGAGGAGGUUGAGAAACUAAGGUUGAAAGUGGAAGAAGAGAAUCGGACUCACAUGGAGAUUGAAAUGUUUCUUAAGAAGGAGCAGCAGAAACUUGAGGAGAAGUUAGAGUUCUGGAUGGAGAAAUUUGAUAAAGAUACAGAAAUGAAGCAGAAUGAACUAAAUGCUCUCAAAUCUGCUAAGGCCAGUGACUUAUCACACCUUCAAGACCUUGCAAAGAUGAUAAGGGAGUAUGAACAAGUCAUCAUUGAAGAUCGCAUUGAAAAGGAGAAGCUCAGAAAGAAGAUAGAUCAGGAUGAGUUGGAGUUAAGGAGCAUCAUAAAGCUCCAGUCCUGGUGGCGAGGCACUAUGGUGCGGAGGGAAAUUGGUGCUUUCAAGUUUCCUAAGAAGGACAAAGAUGACGGCAAGGAUUCAAAAGGCAAAGGCAAAGGCAAAGACAAAGGCAAGGACAAGCGGAGAGGCAAGAAAUAGUGACCAAAUUAUCUUGUCUUCACCCCUGGCCUUCUGGAGAGGGAAAGGAAUACUUAAAGAGAGUAAGAAACCUAUUUUACAAUCAUAGAUAACUUAUGUUUCUUGUUCGAACAUUCCCAAGGGAGGCCUGAUUAUUUCACUUUGUCUGUUUUUCACACCCUGAAUUAGGAUUAUGCUUUAGGGCUUUAUAUUUUCAAAACUUUUGCUGGGGAAUAUUUCUAAGAGCCUUGUUUAUUAUAGAGUCCUCUCAGUCCUUCAGAAAGUUGACUGUGGGCUUAGUUCCAGUGAUAAAUAAAACUUCAGCAAUCCUGUGAUGUCUCUGAUUUCAUUCAAUUUAUCUAUAGAGUAAAAUCUUAUGAGUAAAAGUUGUCAUGAGUUAUUACAAGAUGAUGUUUAUA